AUGGAAAGUGAGGGCUCAAGAAGAAUGGGGAGGCACAAGCUAUGGAAAGACCUAUGGAGUAUGAAGAUCCCAACCAAAAUCAAGAUUUUUACAUGGAAGGCCUUUAAAGAAAGCCUGCCAACAAAGCAUAACCUGAUGCUAAGAAAGGUACUGAAUGAAGAUUUUUGCAAGUUAUGCAACACUAAAACUAAGGAUGUAGCUCAUGCUCUAUGUUUCUACCCUUCAGUAAGAGAGGCUUGGGAGAAACAGUUGCCUUUUAUCUUCUCCUCUGACCUACCAAAGAUACGAAACCUUUCAACUUUUGAAGACAAAGUCAUCUAUAUUGAGCAAGCCAUAGCCCAUGCCUUGGUUGUCCAGCAUGUUUAUAAAGCAACCCAUGGCCAACCUUUGAAGGCUGUGAGACACCACUGCCGUUGGGAAUUCUCCCCACCAGGAGUUUUCAAAUUAAAUGUGGAUGGGGCCACCUUCCUGAACCAACACAAUGCCGGCAUUGGGGCCAUCUUGAGAGACAGUAAAGGAGAGGUACUCAUGGCAGCAAGCAAGAAGGAACAUGAAAUCAGGAAUGCAACAAGUAUUGAGAUGCUUGCAAUCUUCAGGGGACUUCAGCUGACUGCUCACCUGGGAAUUCAACACCUCAUUAUAGAAAGUGAUGCAUUGAACUUAGUUCAGGAAUUGCAGAAACCAGAACCCUCAAUGGCUUUGGUUGGAAAUGUGAUCAAGGACACUAAAGAGGUUAUGAGUCACUUCUAA